CUCAUGAUAUAAAAUAACCUCUAUCAUAAUAUAUAUCUUAUAUGUGGUUAUAAAAUUAAAUGAUUAAAUUAUCCCUCACUAAUAAAAUAAGAUUUCCUAGUGAAGAAGCAAUGACGGUACUCGGUAAUUUGUGAAUUAAGAAAAGUAAUCAGCGAUACUGAUAGUAGGAAAAAAGAAAGAAAUGUUUGAUAUAAAAUCACCAACUCGUUUUAUUAAUGAACAAAUCAAUGAAAUUGGGCAAUGGUGGUCGUGGUAUAUAAGAGAAAUAACGUGUCAACUAAUUAUAACACCGAUUGCAUAUUUAUUGGUUUGCAUUGUACUUUAUUUUAUUUUGAAACGAGUUAAUCAUCAAGCAUGGCAAUUACCAGGACCACCGUCAAAAAUAUUAUUUGUCACAGCACAUCCUGAUGAUGAAAUCAUGUUUUUUGGACCUAUGAUUUAUUGGCUAAGUAGAUUUAAAACUACAAGCAUUUAUUUAUUAUGCUUUACUAAUGGUGGACAUAAAAGACGAAAAGAAGAAUUAUGGGCUGCUGCUAAAAUAAUAGGCAUACCAGAAGCUAAUAUUACUAUAAUAAUAAAUUCAGAGUUACCUGAUGAUCCUAAAGUACAAUGGCCCGGCAAUAUUGUCUCCGAAAACAUAUUACAUUAUAUCGAAACAUAUAAAAUGAAUGCUGUAGUUACCUUUGAUAAGCGUGGUGUGAGUGGCCAUAAAAAUCAUAUAUCAUUAUAUUAUGCCAUUGCUUCUUUAUGCAUAGAAAAUAAAAUACCUUCAUAUUGUAAACUUUAUAUUCUUGAGUCUGUAAAUAUUAUAAGAAAAUAUGUACAGUUAUUAGAUUUACCAAUCAGUUUAUUGACGUCUUCCUAUUGGUAUUUAGUCACUUAUGAGCAGCGUAAAAUUAUACAUUCUGCAAUGAAGGCUCAUAAAUCUCAGUAUGUGUGGUUUCGUAAAUUGUAUAUGAUGUUUUCACGUUACACAUUUAUAAAUACUCUUCAUGAAAUGAAUGCAUUAGAUUUGGAAUUUGAUCUUCAAUACGAUGACGACUGAUUAUUAAAUUUAAACUAAAAAAAAAAAAAAACGCUUUGUAUUUCUAAUUCAUGUAAAUUAUACAUAACAAUUAAAACUUGUACAUAAAACUUAAAAAAUCACUGAAAAUAAUAAUUAUAAUUAUGAUAACAUAAAUAAAAAUAAACAACUUGUAAUAUUCACUCGAAUAUUUAACUUUAUUUAUUUUGAACGUUAGAAUUAAAGAUACAAUUUUUAAAAUCUCUAUAACUAUUUUACGUAAAACGAUCAAAUAAUUAUUUAUUAAAAUACUUAAUAAAGCAUGUUGAUAUCGAACAAGAUAUUGAUGAAUAAAAUUCAUUAUGUGCCUUCGGUAGGCUCGCUCGAUUAUAUAAUUACAUCGCCACAAUUACUUCAAUGUAUUAACGGAGUAAUUUUUUUUUUCUUAUACAUUCAUUUUAAACUUUAAAAUUCAGCAACUUUUAAAUACGCUAAAGAUUUUUAUAUUUAAUACAACUUUCAUUAACCUUUAAAGCUAAUAAACUUUUCUACAUCUAACUGCGCUAAAAGAUAUAAUCUAUAAAUAUUUAACUUUUAAAAUCUGUUCAGUAAUUUCAUAGAUUUUUAAUUAACAGACAUUCUUAAAUUUUUUUCUCCCGCACUCAAGUGAGAAAACGAUAUUAUUUUUGUUGCACUAAUACAGUAAUCACGAACUUUAGCCGAGUUUUCCUCUCAAAUAAAUAGGUAUCAUCAAGAAAUUAGAGCGCACUUCGCUAGAUUAGACAGUAGUGCAUCAAUGUACCGUCUGCAGUUUGUAUUUAGAGAUUUUGAUUCCGAGAAAAACUCAGCCGAAAAUAUCUGAUGACCAAUGUUAAGUAAUAUAAUAUUUUUUAAUACAUUUAUAUUCUUUUAAAUUUUUAUUAUUAAAAUUAUUUAUUUAACUAACGUUAAUUGAAUAAGUAUAUAUAUUAUUUUUAUAGAAUCUAUAUUCUUUAAAACUUUCUUUGUGGUUUUAUGUGUUCGUACUUGUUUUUUUUUUAAAUAUCACCAUUAGGCUUUAUUGUAAUUCAAUAUCGACGAUUUGGCACGAUAAUUAAAAAUAUUUAUUGUAAAUUGAAAUGAGCAAGAGAAAUUAUCACGAUAAUUUUUAUCACGAAUUACUCUUUUAAUUAUUAGAAAUAACAUUUAACUUAGUAUUUUAUGUUUUGAACAC